AUGAGCGAAACACAAUUGAUCCCACUAUCGGAUGCUCCCGUAAGACGCAGGCUUUCCAUAUAUCAGAAAGUGAAAGCUUUCGACGAGGAAGACGAUGACGACAAAGUUGGUACAGCUACGAACGAAGAGCCAAGUCAAGGCGCUAUAGCUUCUGGUGGACUUGUUGGUGAUGAUUUAGAUGAAGGAUUCGAAACGUUGCAGCCAUUGUCUGCAAAUCAACAUUUGGGUUUUGAUGAUUCGUUCGUAACGAAGCGCAAAACACCUCGAAAACGACUGGUUAAGCAAGUUUGGGAAGAAGGUCCAUUCAAGAUAGGAACUACAUCUCAUCAUACUACCGCCAAUAUCGCUACGAGUACCAUCACGCCUCCUCAACCCAUACGCCGUCGUGAUUUACCUACAGUCACUGUCACAGCAACGCCAUACUGUACUCCCGGAAAUAUCAUCGAUUCUUCGCCGUCGCCUACAGAUCCACGUAAGAUAUCUGUAUCUCCUACGUCAUCGGCUUAUACCACACCAUCUGAACAUGCAUCAUCGCCUCAGCAAUCGAUUCAAGUUACCCCAGUGUAUAAUGAUGUUGAUGGAGGGUUAAAUGAUGACUAUCAUUAUCAGAAUGAUUAUGAAGAACUUGGUUUCGAACAUCUGCAGAUAUCGGAGGAUUUACGUGUAACGGAUGAUGAUGAGCAGCAUGGUCCUGAAGUAGAUGAAGAUGAGACACAACAAGAUGAAUCACAGCAGCAGUCAGAUCCUUCAUCGGAAGUAUCUGAUCUAAAUCAAGAGCCUGAUUUAAAUUCAGCACAUAAUGAAAGUGAUGUAGAUCCUAUAAAUCAACUCGAUGAUGGCGAUGACGAUACCAUAGAAACAGGAGCGAAUCCUUCUGAAACGCCAACUAGAGGGGCAGAAAGUGAGGAGGAAUCGCCUAUAAAGUUGUUUGGACGUAGAGGUACACCUGCAGCUCGAAGGAGAGUCGUCGUUUCCUCUGAUGAAGAUGAAGAAGCCGACGCAGAAGACGACGAAGAAGUAAAUUCCCCUCAUAAAGCACGAGUAGACCUUAUAAAUUGUCAAAAUUCAACCUCUCCAGAUCCCCGUGACGACCAGUACGUUAGUUUGGUAGAACAGGACGAAGGACCAUCACCAGCAUUAUAUAAAAAACGUCCACAGAAGAGUAAACGUGCCAUCAUCUCGGAGGAUGAUGAAGACGAAGUACUUGUCUUGUCACACUCUCAACCACCAUCCAAAACUCACAUUCGUCCAUUAAACCCAGCACCAUUACAACCAGUGCAUCGUGAACCUUUUGUCAUUCAUGAUUCGUCUAGUGAAUCCGAAGAGUCUGUGAAAGUGAUUUCGAGAAGGGUGCCAAAACCGGUAUAUGCUGUUAAUCUAGAUGACUCAGAUGAUGACGAGGAGGAGGUUAAUGUGCGUAUAGUUGGUCGUGAUGUUAAGGGCAAAGCAGUUGUAAAGAACUGUGAUGAUGUUGAAGACAAGGAGAAUCAGGAUGAGAAUUCUGAUGGAUACUUACACUUUGAACCGAGCAGUACUCGUCCUGUUACCAAAAAAGCUUGGUCACCAGACUUGAAACAUACUGUCUCGACCCCUUUGAUGAGAGCUACACCCAAACUUCCUAGUGCAACACCAGCAUCAAAGAAGUUCAAACAGACCCGUGAAUCUAUGGCUCAAAGUUUGUAUGCAGAAUUCAAUACUCGAGUCUUUGGAAACCGUCUCAACGAUGUGGCAAUCACGUGGUCUGUUAAGUUGAACAAGACAGCUGGAAGGACUUGGACUAGGCAGGAAAUGCGAAACGGAGAAGUCGUUCGGUUGGCUAGAAUUGAAUUAUCGAGUAAAGUUAUCGAUGAGGAAUACAAGCUACGAAAUACUCUCAUUCACGAGCUAUGUCAUGCGGCGUCCUGGAUAGUCGAUGCCUCGAAUAAACCUCCUCACGGAGGAGUAUUCAAGAAAUGGGGCACUCGAGCGGAACGACAGUAUGCUGACAUUGAAGUUACGACACUUCAUUCUUACGAGAUUUCCUACAAGUUUCAUUAUCAAUGCACGAACUCCUUGUGCUGUAAAGUGCUGAUAUUGUUGGCAAGGCAGUCUGAUACCAAAAAGGACGGGACUCCCAGAGCACCUUCAAAGUUUGCUUUGCAUGUCAAGGACCACUUCAAAGCCACCAGAGAGCAGAAUGGUGGAGCAUCCCAUGGUGAAAUCAUGAGGAUGCUGUCGGAGUCUUACAAAGCUCUAAAUAUUCAAAAAGUGGACACUCCUGGUGGUGAACAGCUCUAG